GUAGUUCAGGAGGUCUCUGUAGGCAGAGUCACUUCCGCCCCAGGUACGCGAGGCCGUGGCCUUCGUUCCUCCCAGAAAGGUCUUUGACUUACCCUAGAAAAAGGAGAAAAUGACCAAAUUCCAGGAGAUGGUGACAUUCAAGGACGUGGCUGUGGUCUUCACAGAGGAGGAGCUGGGGCUACUGGAUUCUGCGCAGAGGAGGCUGUACCGAGAUGUGAUGCUGGAGAAUUUCAAGAACCUGCUCCUAGUGGCACAUCAGCCCUUCAAACCAGAUCUAAUAGCCCAGUUGGAGAAAGAAGAAAAUCUUCUGGUGGUGGAAACAGAAACCCUAAGAGAUGGGUGUUCAGGAAACAAGAAUCAACAAAAGAUGGAGAGUAUUCAAGAAGUGCGAUUAAGCUGCCUAUCUCCCAAAGAGCUUUCUUCCUGUCCUUGGCAACAAGGUGCCGAUGGGUUAAUCAGGUGUCAAGAUUCCAUGAAAAUUUUUCAAGAAAAGAAUUUCCAGUUACGAGAACAAGGUGAUUCCCUCUGCCAGGUUCAGGCAGGAAUACCAAUUCAUAUUUCUGAAGAUGAGAACUAUACAUUAACUCAUAUAGAAGAUGGUUCUAAUUAUAUAAAAAAUCGAGAGCUUCCUUCUUGGAGGGCCCAACAUUGUUGGAGGAAGAUGUAUCUGACACAGUCAUGUAAUUGUCAGUGUAAAUGUCAGCACAUUUUCAUAAAAAAUAAUUUCUGUAAGUGUAACAGCAUCAGUUGGAUCUCACGUCACAAAGAUAAUCUAGGAGUCCACAGAAAAGAAAAAAAUUACAGCUGUCAUGACUGUGGAGAAGAUGCCAUGAAGGUAUCCUUACUUAAUCAGGACUCAAUUCACAUGAGGCAAAAUCCCUUCCCCUGCACUGAGUAUAGAAAAGCCUUCAGUAAUAACUCCUGCUCUGAAGUUCAUCAGCAGUUUCAGUUGGCUAAAAAGCCCUAUACAUACGGUCCAUGUAGACAGUUCUAUAGGAAUAGUUCAGUUCUUCAUAUUCAUCAGAAUAUUCAGAGAGAAGAUGAUGUUGAGAGCUCACAUCUGCAGUCCCAUCACAGAGAGCAUACAGAGAAGAAACCACGUAAAUAUAGUGAAUAUGGUGAGAAUUUAAAUCAAUACUCCUCUGUUAAUACGUAUGAACUUACCCACACAGGGGAGAUGUCCUAUAGGUGCAAUAUUUAUGAAAAAGCCUUUAAUCAUAGCUUAGACCCUAAUAGUGUUUUUAGAUUUGAAACUAGAGAGGAACCCCCUGAAUAUGAGGAGAGUGGGAAUGUCUUUAAUGAGAAUUCAUGUCUUCAAGUCCAUGAGAAAAUUCACACUAAAGAGAAACUCUACACAAGUAUAGAGUAUGGGAAGGGUUUCAUUUGUGGUUCAAAUCUUAGCAUUCAACAUAGCGUUCACAUGAAAGGGAAUCCCUAUAAUUCUGAGGAGUAUGGUAAUGGCUUCAAUCUAGCCUCACAUUUUCAAGAUCUUCAGAUAGUCCACAAUAGGGAACAACCCUAUAAACAUUAUGUCUGGAGUAACAACUUCAGUCGAAAUUUGUAUCUUCAAGGCCAUCAGAAAAUUAACAUUGGAGAGAAAACUUACAAGGAGUGUGGGAAUGUCUUCAACUGGAGUACAAAAUUUAAAGAUCAUCAGAGAGUUCACACUGGACAGAAGCCAUACAAAUGCAAUGCAUGUGGCAAAAGCUUCAGUCAUAGAUCAGUUCUUAAUGUUCAUCAGAGAGUCCACACAGGAGAGAAGCCUUACAAAUGUGAAGAGUGUGAUAAGGGAUUCAGCCGGAGUUCAUACCUUCAAGCCCAUCAGAGAGUCCACACUGGAGAAAAACCAUACAAAUGUGAGGAAUGUGGGAAGGGUUUCAGUCGGAAUUCAUACCUUCAAGGCCAUCAGAGAGUUCACACUGGAGAAAAACCAUACAAGUGUGAGGAGUGUGGUAAGGGCUUCAGUAGGAGUUCACACCUUCAAGGCCAUCAGAGAGUCCACACUGGAGAAAAACCAUUCAAAUGUGAUGAGUGUGGGAAAGGGUUCAGUUGGAGCUUUAAUCUUCAGAUUCAUCAGAGAGUUCACACAGGAGAAAAACCCUAUAAAUGUGGAGAAUGUGGUAAAGGCUUCAGUAAGGCCUCAACUCUUUUGGCCCAUCAGAGAGUCCACACAGGGGAAAAGCCAUACCAAUGUGAUGAGUGUGGUAAGAGCUUCAGUCAGAGAUCAUAUCUUCAAAGUCAUCAGAGUGUCCACUCUGGAGAGAGACCAUAUAUAUGUGAGGUAUGUGGGAAAGGCUUCAGUCAGAGAGCCUAUCUUCAAGGUCAUCAGAGAGUGCACACUAGAGUGAAACCAUAUAAAUGUGAGAUGUGUGGAAAAGGCUUUAGUCAAAGUUCACGCCUUGAAGCACAUCAGAGGGUACACACAGGAGGGAAACCAUAUAAAUGUGAAGUGUGUACAAAGGGCUUUAGUGAGAGUUCACGCCUUCAAGCACAUCAGAGAGUUCAUGCAGAAGGGAGACCCUAUAAAUGUGAACAGUGUGGUAAAGGUUUCAGUGGGUAUUCAAGUCUUCAAGCCCACCAUAGAGUCCACACUGGGGAGAAACCAUACAAAUGUGAGGUAUGUGGAAAGGGCUUCAGUCAGAGGUCAAAUCUUCAAGCUCAUCAGCGAGUUCACACAGGAGAGAAACCAUACAAAUGUGAUGCAUGUGGUAAGGGUUUUCGUUGGAGCUCAGGUCUUCUAAUUCAUCAAAGAGUCCAUAGUGGUGAUAAAUUCUAUAAAAGUGAAGUGUAUGGUAAGGAUUACCCUUCAGCAGAGAAUCUACACAGAAAUGAAGAUUCUGUUUUGUUUUGAAGUCAUUAAGUAGGAGCUGACAUUUUCUAGUCACUAGAGUAUUUUAAAUGGUAAAAUAAUCUUGUAAAAAUGAAAAU